AUGAUGGACGGUAAUAAUGACAUACGUAAUUUUCCUGCAAACGGCGGUGUUACACAGGCCCCGUUUCAUAGAGGUGGCAACAAGCGUCGCUCAGGGCCAAGAUAUGAUGGCAGGCACAUAAUUACGAGCGCUAACAAAGAUGAACUGAUUACUAAACGGCAGAAUUUAUGUUUCGGCACAAAACUACAACCGGAGUGGGAAUCUAGAUGUCUGAAGAUAAAUCCCGUACUUUCGGAUGACGUACACCGUUUUAUGGGUAACGAGCAGCAUACUCAGCGUUGGGCGUUAGCUAAGCAUGGGCUUUUAAUACUUUGUAGCAACGCGAAACGCGUUCCAUACAUAUGGGGAGCGAUAAGUAUAAUCCUUAACAUCGUGUCGCCUGUGUUGCUGCGCAAGGGUUCGCCGAAGCUAUCCUGGUACAGUCAUGGAGCCGUUUUGAUAACGUCCUUUUCUAUUUCGUUUCUCACCAGCGGUUUUGAUGCAAUGAAACGGUUCAUGGUUGGGAAAUGCAUCGAUUUCAAAAGAUGUCACGUACUACAAGCAGGGAAACCUCGUCUGAAGAAAGUUCGGGUGUGUGAUUUAGUUGUUGGGAAUAUAGUAAAACUAACCUGUGAUGAACAGGUACCAGCAGAUAUGAUAAUCUUGGCAUGUAGCAACCCAGAUGGUCAAGUACACAUAGAUACAACGUUUGUUGAUGGCAAAAGGGAUUUUAAGGUGAAGGUGUGUACUAAAGAUGCAAAAGUUGAAGCAUCUGUACAUUCGUUCGCCAACAUACGUGGUCAAAUCGUCUGCGAUAGGCCAUCCGCCGACCUCGACAGCUUCGUUGGCGCGCUUAGAUUGAAAGGCCAUCCACGUCCUAAAAACUUGUCCAUAGAUAAUUUUGUGAUGAAGGGUAGCAUAAUUAGGAACACUGGGACUGUGUAUGGUGUUAUAACUCAUACAGGUCCGGAUACAAAAAUCGCACAAAACAUUAAAAAGGAGAAUCAAUGCAUAAAAUCUGGUUCGGUAGAAGAUUUGAUUAAUCAUUUCACAGUGAUAAUAGGUUGCAUAUACGUUUUAUGUCUCGUGGUAAGUAUGGGUACUAGGUGGUCCAUGCUCUUGGCUUCUGAUAGGCGAAAAAAAGGAAACGCACUUGUCAUCGAAUCUCUUAUUUUCGUUCUAAUAAGAUUUUUUUUAUUAUAUGGAGGGCUAAUACCGGUGACACUACCAGCAAUUGUAGACGUAUUGCGCUACGCCUUUAGCACAUUUUAUGACGGACAUACGGACUACUCGUUUCUCAGCGAUGUUAAUGUAACACCCCAACCGCUUCAACACGCAGCAGAUACGACAACGGUGUUCCCUGUUACGUGGCCUAUGACCUCUGGAUUGUUGGAUGAAUUGGGUUUGGUUGACAUAAUUUUUUGUGACAAAACUGGGACGUUGACUUCAAAUGAUCUUAAGGCAUCUCUCAUAACUGUAGGAAACAAAACCUUCGAUACAUCAGGCGACAGGACAAGCAUACACAGCAAACUAGAGAAUGAAUUAGAACACAACCCUAAAUUAGACACACUAAUGAAGUUGAUGUGUCUAUGUAACGCCAGUGUGCCUGUCACUAGUACGCCGAGCCUUGAAAUAUUUACGUCUCCGAUACGCAUGGCCACAUCUAGUUCCCAAGGACUGAAACACAGUGGUUCAGGAAAUUCUGAUAUCUCGGUUGGACUUUCCAGCAACAACCAAUACCCUUUGCGCCCAUCCAAGAGUAGAAUUCAUUUUGGAAAUGUAUCAUAUAUAGAACCAUUAAACUCACUGAAUUUCGGUCUUAAGGAUAUGGAUUCGAUGAACAAUUCAAUGGAGUUUGGUGGUGAAACGGCGGAUAAUGAGGGAGAUAGUGAGGAGACUUAUGCAACAAAUGCGUUUCCUCAUAGACCAACCCGAUCCAAUCAGAUAUAUUACCGGUCACCACAUAAAGAAGAUGAAUGUAUGAUGGAUAUAUGUCGAGAGUUUGGUUAUAAGUUGACACAUCGCUCAAAGUCACAUAUUAAUCUUGAGGCGCGAGGGUUAUUACAGGAGUGGAAUAUUGUUGGUUUCAACAAUUUCAGUCCUCAACGACGCCGAAUGUCAAUAGUAGUUUCCAGACCUGACCAAGACGGUUCUACAAUAUUCGUUAAAGGUUCAGCUGACACCAUGAUGAAUCUCAUUAAACUAACGACGGAAGAUGAACACCGCGAUAUGUCGGCCUUGUCAAUACGAAUUGAGAAGCUUACAACUGCAGGCUUCCGUGUUAUGCUUUGCGCGUACAGAGAUCUAUCUCGGGAGGAAACACAGUUGUACCAGAGACACUUUACGAAUGCAGAAGAUUCUGUUUACAGUGCAGAUACACUUCACGAAGAAGCUGCAAUAAUGGUUGAACGACGUUUAACAUAUCUUGGAUUUAUUGCUUUUAAGGAUGAGCUGCAGGCCGGAGUCCCGGAAACACUCGAUUUACUAAUGGAGGCGGGAAUUCGCAUAUGGAUGACAACUGGAGAUAAUCGGCAUGCUGCAAUUGAGGCAGCGUACCUUUCGAAAUUGCUGGUACACCCGUGCCGUAUAUUUGAUUGUAAGAUGUCUACCAAUAAACUGGAUGAGUUGCCACAUAAGGAUUGUGGAGCUCUUUACGAGGCUUUUUUACAGCAGAGAGCCGAGAAGGCACCAUCGGAACAGAUUUGUCUAGUCGUAGAGGGGAAGGAUUUAAAGGAUUUUAUGACUAAUAGCACGAUGCAAACAUACUUCGUCAACAUGCUGUGUUUCGCAGACGUGGUUUUGGCGUGUAGUUUGACGCCGUGCCAGAAAGCGGAAUUUGUAAGGUUGGUUAGGAUUCGUUUGACCCCUACGCCAGUGACGUUAGCAAUAGGUGAUGGGCUCAAUGAUGUCAAAAUGAUGCAAGAAGCGCAUGUUGGUGUUGCCGUGUUGGGAUCCACACCUGAUGCCGUAGCUUAUGCCGAUUUCGUAACUACGCAUUUCGCAGGAUUGAGAACUUUAUUGUUUUACCAGGGUAACAACGCUCUUCAGAUAAUAGCGAUAGCUAUAUACUGGAGUUUCUUCAAGAGCAUUUGUUUAGUUAUGCCGAUUUUUUACUAUCAGGGCCAUACGGAUUGGGUAGGAUUAGAUUUAUAUGGUUCUUUUGUUCAGCUACUUUUCCAUCUUCUAUUUACUGCAUUUCCGGUUACUUUCUGUGCCUUGUUCGAUAGACCGUUAUCUGAACCGAUGUCAACAAAUUUGCCAAUACUUUAUACUUUAUGCAGGCGUCGUUUCCAUGUUAACCUACUGCGUUUAGGGUUUUGGAUAUUGGAAGGCAUAUUGUCGUCCAUAUUUUGUUAUCUUAGCAUCCAGACUACCACCUUGGAAUCUCCAAUCUUCAGCGGUGGAGGUACCAUUAGUGCGCGGACUUUUGGAUUGUUAUGUUCCUUAGGCACCCUUCAGAUGUCUAACACUCGUCUGCUUAUGGAAGCAUUCACUAGGAACAACGCCUUCGGCAUUGUAUUCACCUUGGUAUUCAUUUUUGCGAUGCCCCCCUCAUUUCUAGGCCUUUGUUUUUUGUUUGGAGGCAAAACUCUCAAAAAUGCUACUUUUCAAGUUGCGCUAUGGCAACCCGUGUAUUUUUUAAUUCCUGUUUGGUUGGGAAUAGGGGCAGUAUUUCAUGUGGCAUCUGCUUUGACCCAGGCUUUAGUUUCCCCGAAUGUGGCCAACUAUGUGAAGCAUUGGGCCUCUACACAAAUAUGUUAUUGUGCGACCCACCCCGACAAUCUAACCAACACGGAAACAUCCAGAUCUGUAGGCACCAGUCGCUCCGUCGUAGAUGGAACGGCUCAGAACGUGCGGCACACUCACAGGUGGUGUGAUCACAUGCUGCAACGGGUGAGAAAGGAAUUCAAUAUCCAUGGAAUGGAUUCUUGGGUCCGCAUGAUACCUGCUGCACGGCCAUUUAGAGUACGCGAAGGUGAUUUAUCAGUUACGCAACCAGUUGCAAUAGCGUCUUCAUCGAGCUUCUCGAAGGACAACAUUGAGGAGGAUGACUUGCAUAAACAGCAUAGCGAUGUUAACGUCCAAAAUCAGCGUGCUUCGUAUUUAAUUGAUCGCUUUACGCUGCGUUUUAAAGAUAUGCAACUAGAGGCUGACUACAGACUUCACAAACGCCGCAACCAUUAUAGGACAAAUCGAAUCUGGUAUAGAACCGUUUUUCUAGCCAUAGGUGUUUAUUAUAUUUUUGGUUGGAUAUUGGAUUACCUUAUAAAACUGAAUUACAACCAAGAGACAGCAAUAUAUACUAUUUUGCCACCAAUAUUCGUUACAGGGUUGUCAUUUGGUUGUGCGAUUUUAACAUUCCAUCCAACGCAUUUCAUGCAUCAUAUUAACAAGGUUCUGGGAGCUCUUGUAUCAUGCAUGAUAUUGCAGUAUGUUGUUACCCUGAGUUUGAUGGAGCCACUGAGUUCCCUGCAACCUAUAUUAUUCCCAAUUUUCACAUUCGUGAUAUUGCAUAUAACAUUCAUUUAUGCCUUGUUGGCUAACGCAAUUUUCGUCAUUUCCACCAUAAGGAGUAUAGACAACUCCAUUCACACUGUGCCUCUAUUUAUAGGAGUAAAUGUGUUUGUCGCCUUUGUUGGAUAUCGGUUGGAAUAUAAUAACAGGAAGAAUUUCUUAUUCGAGUUUUCUGCACGGAACGCACGCAAAAAGCAGAGCGAGUUGUUGAACACAAUGCUACCAAAUUUUGUUGUAUCUAGAAUGAUAAAUGCACGAUUAAAUGAAGACGGAAUACCUAUAGGUUUCGAAGCUGAGGAACAUGCGGUUGUGUCGGUCUUGUUUUGUGAUGUCUAUAACUUUCAGAACUUGGUAGCUACCGUGGAACCAACUACUCUUGUGGAACUUUUGGAUUCGUUGUUUCUGGCAUUCGAUAGAUGCGCUGAACAGUUUGGAGCAACAAAAAUUGAAACAGUUUUUGAAACAUAUUUGGCCGCUUGUGGCUUGUCGCGAGGUAUUGCGCCGUGCCCGUAUGAAUCAGCAGCGAAUGCUAUUGACAUGGCAUUGGCUAUGAUGGAAGCAUCCAAGCAAAUACAUUACUCUUAUAUAAGUGAAUGUCGUGACGGGUCUUAUAUGGAACAGAAUGAAUCCGUACUUGUGAAAAUAGGCAUUAAUUCGGGCAAGGUCAUAUCUGGAUUGGUAGGUGCGAAGAAACCACAGUAUGCUCUUUUCGGGGACACAGUAAAUACUGCUAGCCGGAUGAAAACAAUGGGUGAGGUAGGCCAUAUCCAUAUAACGGACGAUACAUUCAAUUUGGUGAAGGCUGAUUCUACGUUGACAUUUAGUCACCGUGAGACCUUCGUUAAGGGCAAGGGUGUGAUGAAAACACAUUUGUUGCUUUCUGCCGAGGGAUCGGCAUAUCCAAACUUCGACAGCGUGGAUAUGUGUGGCACUUCAGAUGUUUUUCGAGCUAAUACUAACGAUGAAACGUGUACGCGAGACAUGCCCCUUGGGAAGAUAGGCGAGGGAAUAGCUGACUCUGACCGAGGUGCACGCAACAAACCGCCCGAAUCCACCAACAUACUGUUUGAAUGCCUAGACAAAAGCCAUUCAUUGAACAUCUCUGAUCGCAUUGACCUGCGUAGCAGCGUCGACACAGCACUCACAGCUGCUGGAUAUUCCAAUGAUUAUGAACGUUCAUGUUCGCGAAAAAUACGAAUAUCAGCUGCUGUAGGAGCUCUAACGGAAGAAGAUGAUGGCGUAUUCUUAAAAGACCAAUCUGUGCUUUUGCGUCAUUGCAGCAUGUAUAGUACUGGCGCAGCUUCUACGAAUUCGGCUCAAACACGUGCGUCUAGGUGUCUUAAUUUUCUGCGCAGGACAAAUACAAUGGCUUUGCGUCACAAUACUACGAGCGCGUCGAGCACGAUGCAUUCCACGAGUUUUACAAGGCACAACGCUCAAGAUGAGGACGACGAAAGUAACAGUGGGAUAGAUGGUAGCGAUAUGAGGAUGAAAACCAGGGAAUGGAUAAUGUUAAAGUUUACGGAUAAAUUACAAGAAGACCGUUACAGAUCACACUUCUACCAUAAUAGGGCGCACAUAAACACGAUUGAGCAGACUAUUCCUUGUUACAUAGUCUUCAAUUUGAUAUCUGCACAUUGCAAGGAAGCCAUAGAUAGACGCGCAUUUUAUUCUAACGAGAAGGCUCGAAUGAUAGAGGCCCGUGUUGGGCAGAUGCUCAACGACAUGCUGCCUAAGAGUGUUUUGGAAGAAUUCAAGAGCGACAAGUUAAAGAUGUCGUAUUGUCACGAAAAGAUGUCGUUUUUAUUUUCCGACAUUGUUGGUUUCACGUUAUGGGCUAAUUCUGUGGAUGCGUCUGAGGUGAUUGCGCUUUUACAAAGGCUGUUUGCACGUUUUGACAGAAACAGCACAAAGUUUGGGUUAUACAAACUUUGCACCAUUGGUGACGCUUAUGUAGCUGUUAGUGAGCCGGCUAUUGAGGUGCCGUCAGAUCAAGAGGCAAUUGCCAAUAUCGAGGGCAUUCUUCAAAUGGCAUACUCCAUGAUUAGAACUAUUCAAGACGUCAGAGAAGCCUUUAACAUUCCUGGUCUGAAUAUGAGGAUCGGAUUGCAUUAUGGCAGUUCGGUGGGUGGGGUAGUUGGUUCGGGGAGGCUCCGUUACGACCUCUGGGGCAUGGACAUCCACACUGCAAAUGCCAUGGAAAGCAAUGGCAUUCCAGGCAAAGUAUGCGUUUCUGAAAGGUUGAAACUUAUAUUGAUGACAAAUUUCCCCAACCGUUUCGACUUCACUUUCAACAACGACAUACAGGUCAUAGAUCGAUGUGUCAGAAGUUACAUUCUAACGACUGACUCAAGUGACAGUUCAGCAUUUUAA